AUGGCCGGCGAGAUAGAGCCCUCAUCGAUGCCCCCCCUGGAGGCCAGGCUCGAGCACGGCCCCCUGGCGCGCCGCGACGAGGUGCUGGCGGACACCAGGGAGCGCAUCCUGCGCAGCGUGAAGUGCGCCGACCCGUGGGACUCCGGCUUCAACUUCGUGGACCCCGUGCUGGAGGCGUCGUACUGGGAUGCGCGCGUGCGCCGCGACCUGUGGUUCGUGGACACCACAGCCCACUGCAACUGCGCACUCAUGGCUGCCGGGCUGCUGGCGCCGCUGCGCGCGGCCGCCGCGCCGGACUACCUCACUUCCGGGCUGCUGCCGGCAUGGAUAGGCCUGCGCGCUGCCCUCUCCCUCUGGGCAUUUGAGGGCGGGAAGGCUUACCUAGCGUGGCGCACCACCGCCAUCGCGGUCGUCAGGCUGCUGUUUGCCUUCCUGGGGGCGGUGAUCGGCUGGUGGGCGCCGCCGCCGGAGGCCACGCCCUGGGCUGUGCUCACGCGGGUGGUCAGCGGGUCGAUGGUGAUCGGCCUGGUGGCGACAUCAGUGGGCCUGCAAGUCAAGUCCAGCGUCGGCGUCAAGAUUCAGUUCGUGGCCACGGCGCUGUCUAUGCUCAUGGUGCCCGGCUACUGCGCGGCGGGGCUGGAUGAAUGCCGCUUCGCGCCGGCGCUGCAAGUCAUCGGGGGGACCAUCGACAGGGUGAUGCAGUACACGGCAUUCGGGCUCUUUCGGUUGGAUAUGGGCGGCCCGAGCGAUCAGGAUGGCCAGGCGUACACGUGCUGGAUGGUGGUGACGUUCAUGCAGUGGGCGGUGGGCUUCCUGCUCACCAGCACCGUGGUGUACUGCAUAGAAGGCUGGUCGCGGGUGUGCUUCGUGCGGUCGUGCGUGGAGGUGGACGGCCAGGUGUGGAGGCGGCUGAGGAGCCGGUGGCUGGGGUCGGCGUGCACGGCGGUCGGCGUGGCCUGCGUGGCGGCCGCAUCGAUCUGGGAGCUGCUGCGGAUCACGGAGGAAGCCCGGCAGCUGGGCACCUGUGAUGCGGAGUGCGGAGAUUUGUGA